AAAGAAAAAUCAAUUUGAUUGGGUAGGAUUUUUCCAUUGGGCUGGAGUCCAACUAAGUUGAAUUAAAUGGACCGAAUUCGGUGAUUAGGUUCAUAACCUAACCCAACAUAACCCAACCCAACCCAACCCAAUAGCUCAUUUGUAAAUGGAUUGGGUUUGCUUAUCUUCUACUUCCUGAAGCAAGGAAAAGCAUUCAUCUACUUGUUUUUAGGGUUUUACAUACUCGAGUCGGUCGCAGCGGCAAGCAGAGAACAAUGGAAAGGAGACAGUUGACGGCAGAAUCGAUGCCGUUGUUCCAGGAAGGAAUAGGUUUGCUCCUGUCUCGGUGGUCGGUUCUGCAACUGGCCGUCGAAAACGAGUGGGGCGGCCGCGACUCUCGCCGCCGCAAAGCUGAGCUCCUCCUCUCCGAUGUCUUCUCCUUGGAAGGGAUGCAAUACUAUCAGCAUCAGCCAGAAUGAUAAGCCAAAAUACCCUUGGAAGGGAUUUCAAACACAAGUUGAUGAUUUCAAGACUAUUUUUAGCGAUCCAAUUAGCUCUGAAGCUGUCGGGCUCCACCUCCUGGUAU